AAUUUCAUUUUAACCGAAAACUUGCACACUGCGAGUUCAUCAUGGACACCGUACGCUAGUUCCUUCUCCGUCCCAGUCCGCUCGGAGAAACUACCAUGCCCAGCGGUUGCUGCAUCAGAGCAAUCUGGAUUCUCAACAACCUCGACGCCGUCGCUUUCUCCAGGAAGUUUCCGGUGGUAGAGAAGCGGUGGCGAGCUGCUUGCACCACCGCCGAUCAUGUCUUCUCUUCCUUACCCCCUGACUCUGACCUAGCCGAUGCUUUUCUCCAAAGAAGACACAGGGAAGGAUCUGCGCGAGGAUUUGGCAUCCGCAAGAGCAAUUCAUCUGUGGGGUCAGAUUCGUGGGUGGAUGAUCCUAUUACUCGUCAUGUAAUUGGUCUUUACAUUAACAAGGAAGAGGAGGACGAUGAUAAUCUUCUGUGGCCUCUAAUCUUGCACAUUAGGGGCCAUUACAGUAUACUUGUUCUGCCAUUGGUUGAGCCUAGGCAUUUGAAGGCUUAUGCCAAGUUAUGUAAAAGAGCUGAUUGUGGAAGUGCUCUUGGGCUUGAUGGUAGUUUGUCUUCUCUCUUGCUGGAUCUUCCUUCAAUAACAGGGGCAUUUAUGAUAGCUCAUGCCAUUGGUGACAUAAUUACUGGCGACACCGCAGAACCUGAAGUAAUCGUGAGUGCAGCUCCCUCUGUUGGAGGGCUGUUUGAUUCAUUGACCGGCAGUAUAGGCAUCUCCUCCAGGGCAAAACCCGUGGCUCCACCAGUUGCCUCCUCUCCUUUGAGUGCAGCUGCACCAGGAUCUGUUUCAGCUGAUACUCCGAAAAUUGGGUCUAAGCCUUUGGAUAAAGAUGCACUCAGGACAUUUAUAAGUAGUUCAAUGCCCUUUGGUACACCCUUGGACCUUAAUUAUUCCAAUAUUUUCACCAUCAAGGUCAAUGGCUUUUCUGCAUCAGAUUUGCCUCCUGCAGACCAGAAGCAACCAGCUUGGAAGCCAUAUCUAUACAAAGGAAAGCAGAAAAUGCUGUUCACGAUUCAUGAGAUUGUUCAUGCAGCUCUGUAUGAUAGAGAUGAAAUUCCAGAUAUUAUAUCAGUUUCUGGUCAAAUAAAUUGUAGAGCUGAACUGGAAGGGUUGCCAGACGUGUCAUUUCCCUUAACAGGAUUGAACACAGCAAACCUUGAGGUUUCAUCAUAUCAUCCUUGUGCUCAAGUUUCAGAUCAGGGUUUGGAUAAGCAGGGUCUGGUGUUUUCUCCUCCAUUAGGUAAUUUUGUGUUGAUGCGCUAUCAGGCAACUUGUACCCUUGGACCCCCUAUUAAGGGAUUCUAUCAAUUAUCAAUGGUUUCUGAGGAUGAAGGUGCAUUUCUAUUCAAGUUACGUCUAAUGGGAGGUUAUAAGGCUCCUUUAACAAUGGAGUUCUGUACUGUGACUAUGCCCUUUCCUAGGAGGAGGAUUGUAUCUUUGGAUGGGACUCCUUCUGUUGGAUCAGUUUCAACUUCAGAGCACUCUGUUGAAUGGAAAAUUGUGCCAAGUGGACGGGGACUGUCUGGGAAAAGUAUUGAAGUGACUUUCCCUGGAACAGUCAAGUUUGCGCCAUGGAAAAUCCAAAGGGUGUCUUCCUCUAAGUCAUCAUUUGGAACCAUUGCUGAUGAGGAUAGUGAUAAUGAGGCAGAAAAUGCUAGCAACAUGGUUAAUGAAGAACAUUUGAUGGAGAAAAUGAACAAGGAUCUUCCUCCAGUUGAUCUAGAGGAACCAUUUUGCUGGCAAGCAUACAAUUAUGCUAAAGUAUCAUUCAAGAUCAUUGGGGCAUCUGUAUCUGGAAUUGCGGUUGAUCCUAAAUCUGUGAGCAUCUACCCAGCUGUAAAAGCACCCAUGGAGUUUUCAACUCAGGUUACUUCUGGAGACUAUAUUUUGUGGAAUACUCUUGGUAAGUGCCCACAUGUUGCCACAAUGAAGGUGUAAAAUAUGAAUGGCCACUGAGGAUUGUCUGAAAUGGCAGAGGCACCAUCAGAUAUCUGAUGGAAACUCUUAACUGAUGUUCUUUAUUCUCUGCCAAGUUAUGUGGAGACAGGCAAUUAAGAAAGAAAGAAAGAAAUGUUGUGUUAGCUGUUAAUUUUUUUUUUGGUAUGUUUUGUAAGUGCUCGUUAACAAAUUCAUUGUUAUUUUACCCAACAAUAAUAGUUUCUUUUUGUUUUUGAAACAAACAAUAAUAGUUGGUUGCAGUAAAAGUAAAGUAUAAAGCAAUGUCAAUAUGGGAAGGA